UGUACAUUGUACGGUGUGUCCGAUACUCCGAUAUGUUAUCUGUAACGAUAAAUAUAUAUAUAUACAACAUUAUGUGAUUAUUAUGUGUGUCCGCCGUCGUGCGUAAUGAUAAAUAAAGCAGUCGUACUUUGUCAAUGCUCGUGUGUGUACCUUCGCCUAUCUUAUAUAUAAAAUACGUAACAUUUGGCGACGAAGAUGAAAAUUCGGUGAAAAUAUUAUUUAAUUUUCUUGUUGUGAUUAUAAUGUCGAAUAUUUCGCAAUACAUACCGGGUUCGGAAUCAUUCAGUAAUUAUUUAGAUCGAUUAAACGCGCAGUUGACCGUUUUAAAAGUUAAAGAGGCUGAUAAAAAGUCCUAUUUAAUCGCAUACAUUGGUUCGGAAGCAUAUAGUCAAUUAAAAGAUGCUUGUUUGCCGGAGGAACCACAAUUAAAGUCAUACGACGAGUUAGUGUCCAAAUUGGAAGAAAUAUAUUCACCACGUCGUCUUGUAGUGAGUGAAAGAUUUAUUUUUAACCAACGUACACAGAACCAGGGUGAGUCAACUCGGGAGUACAUAACAGCAUUAAAAAAAUUAUCAAGUUUUUGUGUAUUUGGUUCGUUUUUAAACGAUGCACUGCGAGAUCGGCUUAUUGUAGGGAUAAGUGAUGAAUCGUGUCAACGAAAAUUACUUGGUAUAGAGUCCCUAACGUUUGAAGAAGCAUGUAAAAUUGCUUUGGAUUCGGAGUUGGUUUGUAAUCAAACACAACAAAUGAACAAUAAAUCACAAGUAAAUUUUAUCAAUAAUGGGAAAAAUGUGUCUCGUCAAACACAUUCGUCAUCGAAGUCGGAACUCAAGUGGAACGGAAAUUCUGGUGGAAAACCGUGGUCUGGGAAGUCGUCAAAACCUGGUCAAAAAAAUGGUCAGUCAAUUCAGCACGGCAGUCAAAGUUCACGAAGUCUUAAGUUUGGUCAAUGCUAUAGAUGUGGAAGGAAGCACGAUGUCCGUACGUGUCCAGCCAGAGAGUGGGAAUGUUUUUCAUGUAAAUUAAAAGGUCAUACGUCGAAAAUGUGUAAGACAAAAAUUAAAAAUAAUUUAGAGUCUAUUGAUUUAGUAAAUAAUGUGUCUCAGAAUAGUGGGGGAAAUCCACUUGUGAUUAAAAUCAAAGUUAAUAAUAAGCUUAUUCCGUUUGAAGUAGAUAGUGGAGCGUCGGUUUCAGUUAUGCCGAUUAAAUAUUUUAAUAUGUAUUUUAAUAAUUCAUGUAAAUUAGAAAAAAAACAUAUUCAAUUAAGUUCUGUAAAUUGUGAACCAGUCAAGGUUUUAGGUCAAACACUUGUAAAUGUCGAGAUGUCAAAUCAAAAAAAUAUUAAACUAUAUUUAAUUAUAACGGAAAACUCUGUAAAAAAAGUUUUAGUAGGUCGAUCUUGGUUAGAUAAGUUAUAUUCAAACUGGAGAUCGAAUAUGUGUCUAAAUUGUAUAAGUAGUAAUACUGGGGAAAAUGCUUGUUCAAUUUUAUUAUUAGAAAAUUUACCUUUAACGUAUAAGGAAGUGAGCAAAAAAACGAGUACAGACGAAGUAUUAAAAGAAAUAAGUCAGUAUACGAAAGAAGGUUGGCCGGGGGUAAAGUCGUUAAAAUCAGAUUGCCAACAAUAUUAUAAAAGACGGGAAGAAUUAUCGUUAGUAAAUGACUGUUUGAUAUUAGGUAAUCGCGUAGUAAUUCCAAAGUCAUUAAGAGAAGACGUAUUAAUGUUAUUACAUAAAAACCAUCCGGGUAUUGUUCGUUCGAAAAUGCUCGCAAGGUCGUAUGUAUGGUGGCCUAAUAUCGAUAUUGAUAUAGAUAAGUUUAUUAAGACGUGUACGGAAUGCCAAUGUAAUCAAAACGAUAAGAAUGUUAGUGAGAAAGUGUAUAUUCCGUGGGAAAAUCCAUCAGAUUCUUGGAAAAGAAUACACAUCGAUUUUCUAGAAAUAAAUCAAGUUAAAUUAUUAAUCAUUGUUGACAGUUUUAGCAAAUGGAUUGAGUGUUUUGCAAUGGGAAGUACAACGGCUUCAAAAGUAAUCGAAGUUUUAGAAAAUUGUUUUUGUCGUUUUGGUUCCCCAGAGAUAAUGGUAACCGAUAAUGGUCCACCUUUUGGCGCAAAUGAAUUUAAAGCAUAUUGUGAGAAAAAUUGUAUAAAACUAGUACAUUCGCCGCCAUACAAUCCAGAGUCUAAUGGGUUGGCAGAGCGAGGAGUGCAAACGAUAAAAAAAUUAUUAAUAAAGAGUUUGUGUGUAGAGAGAGAUGUAAAAAGAAUACAAUCAAAAAUUAAUAAUAUUUUAGUAUCAUAUCGUAACACACCAACAACAAGCACAGGUUGUAGUCCGUCAGAUUUAAUAUAUAAUUUUAAACCAAAAAAUCAUUUGUCCAUAUUAAAACCACCAAAUAUUGUAGAAAAGAAUAAAAAUAUUAAUGUUACUAAGUACGAAAUAAAUGAUAAAGUUCUUGUUCGAAAUAAUUCAAAAGGGCAGAAAUGGUUAACUGGACGUAUAAUGAAAAUGUUGGGAACGUGCAGUUAUUUAGUCCGGGUUGGUGAUAAAAUCAGAUUAAUGCAUGUAAACAAAUUGAAAAAGAGUUAUUUAAAUGAUGAGGUACAUCCAAGGGAACUUGAAUAAUAAAAAAAAAAAAAAAAAAAAAUAUAUUGUUUAUCUAUUUAAAUUUUUAAGUUAUAUUUAUUAUGUAUUGUGUAAAAUUGUAAAUGUUAAAUCAUUAUUAUUAUUUUCUAAAUUGUAUGAAUUUUGUAUAAGUUAAUUUAUUGUACUAAAAUUAUAUAGAAGGGAAAGAUGUUAUGUAUGUACAUUGUACGGUGUGUCCGAUACUCCGAUAUGUUAUCUGUAACGAUAAAUAUAUAUAUAUACAACAUUAUGUGAUUAUUAUGUGUGUCCGCCGUCGUGCGUAAUGAUAAAUAAAGCAGUCGUACUUUGUCAA